AUGCUGCGUGCUGUUUCGGGCAGGCAGAUCUUCUAUCCAACCGUCGCGGAUAUUAGAAGUGCCACAGAAGCAGCCCAGCACGCAGCGAGCAAUAUUGGCUGCUACACCCGGCCGUGGAACAAGGCACCUAUCGGCAUCAAGCGCUUGUUUCACCACUACAGAUCGAAAGAUGCUGGCUGUCCCUUCCACCAAGAGUUGAUCCUGUUGUUCAACCCUCGGGACCGUACUGCGCCCCACUACGUCUACCUCGGUUCUGCCAACUUGUCACAAUCUGCGAAGGGUGCUCUUGAGCAGGACAAGAAGCGGAAUGAAGCCACGUGCGACGUAAAGCUCGUCAAGUUGACGAACUUCGAAUGCGGAGUCGUGGUCCCCGGCUCCAUAGUCAAUGACCUACUUGAACCUGGAAUCAAGACCUGGCAGGACGGAAUUGUUCCCCAUGUGCAGUCUGCAGAGCAGUACCAUCUGCAGGAGGACCGGCCCUGGAACGACCCACGAUGGGUCAUCGGGUACGGGGAAGAGGAAGGAUGA